AUGAAGAGGAAGAGGAGGACACUGUCAAGAAAGGAUGAUCCAGGGCAGGUGCGAGAGACAGAGGAAGAGGAGGGACAAGAGACACCACAGCAAGGGCAAGAGGAAGAAGAGGAAGAGGAAAAGCAGCAAGAGCAGCAGCGACCAGUCAAGCAAUCUUUGAGUUCCUCUAUGUGCAGAGAGUCCCACUGGAAGUGCCUCCUCCUCUCCAUUCUUAUGUAUGGCUGCCUGGGGGCUGUCGCUUGGUGCCAACUCACUCAAGUCACUAAGCUCAGUUUUGAUACCUCUUUCAAAGGCAAAUCUAUGAUCUACCAUGACAGUCCUUGUUCUGAUGGCUAUGUGUAUAUUCCAUUAGCCUUUCUCACAAUGCUGUAUGUGGUUUACCUGGUGGAGUGUUGGCAUUGUCGUGCUAAAAGUGAACUUCAGUACAAGGCUGAUGUGGAAAGUGUGUAUGACCGAAUUGCCAGAAUGAAGCAGGCCACGCCAUGUAUAUGGUGGAAAGCCAUAAGUUACCAUUUUGUCCGACGAACUCGGCAGGUGACUCGAUACCGUAAUGGGGAUGCUUAUACAACCACCCAGGUCUACCAUGAACGAGUCAAUACCCAUGUGGCUGAAGCUGAAUUUGACUAUUCCCACUGUGGAUUCAAGGACAUCUCUAAGGAGCUCAUGGGCCUGGAGCAGUAUUCAGCUACAAAAUUAAAGUUCACCAAAUGUUUCAGUUUUGCCAACACAGAGUCUGAGAAUUCUUACCUGACACAGAGAGCUCAUUUCUUCACAGAGAUUGAAGGGCUGGAUGACUACAUGGAGGUCAGAGAAGGAAUGAAACUCAAAAACAUAGACUUCAAGGAACUCAUGAUGGCCUAUGGGGACCCAGAUCAUCUCCCAUGGUACAUCUCCCACUAUGCUUUCUGGGUGGCUGCACUGAUGAUGAUCUCAUGGCCACUGAGAGUUUUCAUAGAGUAUCGGACUGCAUAUGUGCACUACCAUGUGGAGAAGCUUCUUGGGGUCGAGUACAGAGUGCCCACUGUGGCAGAGGAGCCCUUGUACAGAUAUCGCAUACCCAGGGUUAGCACUCAGGACAGCACUGAACUUGAGUGGCACAUCUGCACCAAUCGCCAGCUCAUUCCCAGCUAUUCAGAGGCCAUGCUCAUGGACCUUACAAAUUCUCCCACAUGCAAUGGCUACUCCAUGUGCAGAUACAGUGAAAUCACUCGUGGCUGUCAGCAUUGCCAUCAUGCCUCUAGUACCUCUUCCAUCUUUUCUCGCCAUGCUUUCCACAGCUGCAGUGGAAAUUCACAGCUCUCUCUGAACACCAGCCGCUUCUCCUUGUGCCGGAUUCAUGGCUCUCACAGGACAGGCCUCUGGAGAAGUCACAGCAGCAGUAUCACUGACCGUGGCUGCCAGGAUGAACAGUGCUGCUCCCACUCUAGCCAGCUGGCCAUCAAUGAAAAUCCACCAACUUAUCACGAUGCUCGUUUUUUCCCUGUGCUAAUUGUCCAUAGGGCAGAAGGCCAGGAAAGGAGGCACUUCUACCUCCGCCGUGCAUCCUGCUUGGAGACUUCACUGUGAAAGUGCUUCUUGUCAUGCCACUAGGACACCAUCACUUCCUGAAAGCUGAUUACCAAUACUAGUGGCACUGAUUCAAAUCCCACUUGUCCAUUUCUCCUAAUAAGGAGACAUGCUCACCGAGAAAUCUCUGAAGGAUAAAUUCUAAGCUGAAGGGUCAAUUAACAUAUUUGUUAAUGAGUUUAUUACAUGGAUAUCCUGCUGUUCCUGCAGCUUGUUCAGGGAACUGUCUGUGGGAUCAUCCUUAGGUGAGCCAAAAUGACUUUGUCCAAGGGUAACCAGUCAACUUCCAGAGAUUUA